UCUACAAUCACUGCUUAGAAUUUAAAGAUGGCAGCGACCACAGUGAAAUAUGAGGGGUGCAACUUCUUCAGGCAAAGACUUGUCCUAGCAACUUUGAGCGGAAAGCCAGUAAAAAUAAGUAAAAUAAGACACAAAGACGAUGAACCUGGACUUCGUGAUUUUGAAGCCAGUUUAAUCAGACUACUUGAUAAAGUGACCAAUGGAUCCAGAAUUGAGGUCAAUGAAACAGGAACCAGUGUUCUAUAUCAGCCCGGUCUCUUGAGCGGAGGCAAUGUUGAACACGACUGCAACACACAGCGGGCAAUAGGCUACUAUCUUGAGGCACUGAUUUGCCUGGCUCCCUUCAUGAAGAAGCCAAUUAAAGCUGUACUCCGAGGGGUUACCAAUGACCAGGUUGAUCCAUCAGUUGAUAUCAUCAGAACAGUCACCUUUCCUCUGCUCAGAAAGUUCUACAUCGAUGAAGGGCUUGAGCUGAAGAUCACACGGCGAGGAGCACCCCCGGAUGGUGGCGGCGAGGUCAUCUUUAAAUGUCCUAUCAAGAAAAAUCUCAGACCACUUCAAUUCAUCAAACCUGGGAAAAUCAAGCGAGUACGGGGAGUGGCAUAUGCCAUGCGUGUAUCACCCGCUGUGGCUAAUCGAAUCGUCGAUGCAGCCCGUAGUAUUCUAAACCAGUUUCUUCCUGAUAUCUACAUCUACACUGAUCAUAUGAAGGGUCCACAGUCUGGCAAAUCCCCAGGCUUUGGCUUGUCGUUAGUUGCCGAGACAACAGAGGGUGCUUUCCUGAGUGCCGAGCUAUCAUCCAAUCAGAAGGGACAGACUCCCACCAUUCCUGAGGACCUGGGCAAGCAGACAGCAAUGCUGCUAAUGGAAGAAAUAUACAGGGGAGGAUGUGUAGAUUCUAGACAUCAGAGUUUGGCGAUGCUCUUCAUGGCUCUCGGCCAAUCAGAUGUCUCCAAAUUAUUAACAGGUCCACUGUCACCAUACUCGAUCCAGUUUCUACGCCACAUGCGAGACUUCUUCCAACUCAUGUUCAAGAUGGAGGUGCAACAAGGCAGUCAGGGGGAGGAGCAAGAAGCUGAGGAGGAGGCGGGGCAUAGGAGGGGUGGAGACAAGGUCAUUCUGACGUGUGUCGGAGUUGGCUUCACAAAUCUCAGCAAGACAACAUUAUGACAAAUCCAGAGCCUGUUUAAAGUGAUGUUUUUGUAUGCAUCUAAGUUGAACUUGAUAUUGUUAUGAACUGAUCGUGAUCAUAUUGACAUUAUUUCAAGAACUUAUCUUGGCUUGAGCAGCUGGUGUACAUCAGGUCACCAGGAACUACAGCUUCUCUCUUUGACGCAGUUUGCACUUCCCACUUGAUCAGUUUGUCUAGUGAUGUGCCGCAUGGCAUUUAAAAGCUCUAUAGAAUCUAUUUUCUUAUCAUAACUGAUCAUAGGACUUCUAUUUUAGUCAGUCCGUCUUCCAUAAUGUUGGGCACUAUUUGGAAUUGAUUUGGGGACUCUUAAUUCACCUACUGUAUUGAAUGUAGAGAAAAAAGAUUUGGAUUCUGAGUUCGGAAUCGGGUCUUGUCAAUUCAAGCACCCAAACCGAAAUGGAGACAUUGACUAACAUGUCACUUGUGAUGCACCUUGGAUGCCUGUUGGGUGCUGUGUAGACGGCAAAGAAGAUACCCAUGCACAGUUAUUUGAAACCUACCCAUAUUUAUAGUGGUAUACCUGUGGUCUAGAAUAGAAUCAUUUGUGUUUUUCCCAGUGAAAGUGGGCAUCAUGUGACAGUGGGCAUCAUGUGACAGUGGGCAUCAUGUGACAGUGGACAUCAUGUGACAGUGGGCAUCAUGUGACAGUGGACAUCAUGUGACAGUGGGCAUCAUGUGACAGUGGACAUCAUGUGACAGUGGACAUCAUGUGUCAGUUACACACACUUUUGUAAACAAGUGUCCCAAGAGGGCAUUAUUCCGAGAAAGUGGGUGUGUUAACAUUUUGAAGAGCAAUUCAUUUUAAGUGAUUAAAGAAGCACUGACCUCUAUACUAA